ACGCCAGUUGCCGGCAGCAGCAGUCCUCCACAGCCCCUGGACGCGUUCGCCGAGCUGCGAGCUCCGACAGCGCCGACGCAGCUCCGCCGUCCACCGCCUGACCCGCUGUGCUGUGCCGUGCGUGUACGUGCGUGAUAGUGCGGGAUCCCUGUCGGCGCGCUGCGCAGCUGGCCUAGCGUGUCAUGACGCCGCCCCUGUGAAGUGAACAUUUGUGGUGACCCUACUCUCUUCCCCGCGGACUAGCAGUGUCGCAGCCAAAGAACAGUGGGCGCACUCAGAGUGCCGCCACCGCCGCCGAAGCCAUGACGGUCACCAUAGAGCACAAGGGGAAGCGCAAGGGGUCGUGGGACUCCAAGGUGUCGCGGUCGGAGACGCCGAGCUCGAUCCUGUCGGUGGACAGCGACAUUCGGUUCACGCGCAAGCUGGGCUCGCAGUACCGCUGCGGCUGCUGCGUUGUCGCCGCCUUCCUGGUGCUGCUGCUCGCCGCCGCCGUCGCCGUCUACUUCGGCUACACGCUGCUGGCGUCGGAGGGCCCCGCGGAGCAGGUGUUCGUCUGCUCAAUGCGGGUGGCGCGCGGCGACGCCUUCCAGACGCCGCUGGCCGACCCGGCGAGCGAGGCUUUCCGGGUGCGCGCGCGCUCCUACCGAGAGUCGCUCAACAUGGCGCUGCGCCGCAGCCCGCUCCACUCCGCCUUCCUGGGCACCGAGGUGCUCGCCUUCGACGGGAUGGAGUCAAAGGAUUUGGUGGUUCAUUUUAACCUUCAUUUUGAUCCAUACUGGAUGAAUAUCGAUGUACCAUUGGUGGUGGAAGCCCUUAAGCAAGGUGUUGUCAAUCCUGAAUCACUAUACUUCUCCAACUACACAAUUGACCCAAGCAGCCUGGAAGUUAAAGAAAGUACUGCAGCACUGACAUCUACCACAACACCCACAACUGCGAGUCUGCCAGUAUUACCACCAUCCACAACCCCUGCACCUCCAAGAAGAUGUGCAGCACUUGAACUUGAGUACUGCUCAAAGAUGCCGUACAACAGAACAUCUUAUCCAAACAUCUUUGGGCAUAAGUCGAUACAAGAGGUGCGUGACAACAUCAUCGUUUUCAGAGAACUUAUAGAUGCCGAAUGUCAUCGCUUAGCUUAUGACUUCGUGUGCCAAGUUUUGCAGCCAGCGUGUGUAGUUAGAAAUCUUGCAUAUGAAGAGGACAAGAUGAUUUUGCCAUGCCGGAAUUUCUGCCAGGAUUUCUGGGCUGGCUGUGGUGGGAGGCUAUCCAGUUUUUUGCAAGAUGCAUUAGACUGUAAAAUGUUCCCUGAAUUCACUGGCCUUGGGUCCUGCAAUCUUAAACCAGGUUGUGUCCAGGAUCUACAUUCUCUGGGAUUAUCAUCCAGAAUAUGUGAUGGUGUUGUUGACUGUACAGAUAUGUCAGAUGAAACAGACUGUAGCUAUUGCUCAAAAGGUCUAAUACACUGUGGCAUUGGAAAAGCUUGUAUUUCCGCUGAUAAAGUUUGUGACGGUAAAAAAGAUUGCCCAAAUGGGAGUGAUGAACGUCAUUGUUUAACAGUUGCACCUAGCUUGUCUGUAGUUGAAACAACUCUUGCCUCCACAACACACUUGUCACACUAUUUCUCAGAAGGUUAUCUCCUACUCAAAGAAAAAGGGCAAACUGGAAAGCUGUGCACAGAAAAUUUAAAUACUACAGUCCCAGAGCCAAACAGACAAGCCACCCUAAAUAAUAUUGCAUCUUCAAUGUGUCACCGACUGUCAUAUCAAACAGUGAACACUGUGAGAAUAGAGGAAGAUAAAGAACACAGUGAAAGAUAUGUUUACAUGCAGGACCCUGCAUCUGCAGACAUAACUUUUGUACCAGCGCCAUGCCCAAAAAGAGAAGUUCUGUAUAUUGGAUGUGGUGACCUUGACUGUGGGACCCAACCAGCAAGAGGAACUUAUGGCAUUGAUGGUCUCAGUAAGACAGCAGCUCACGGUGACUGGCCUUGGCAUGCUGCACUUCUUAAGGAUGGAGUCCAUGUCUGUGAUGGGACACUUGUGUCUCCACUGUGGGUGCUGACAACUACAUCCUGUUUCCAGGGGCAGGCAAAGGCACAGUGGACUGUACGGCUAGGAAGCAUUCGUCUGUCUGCAUCUACACCUUGGCAACAGGAGCAACCAAUAGUGGGCAUGAUGAAGUCUCCAGUGGAAGGGAGCUCAGUAGCUAUGGUGAAACUUGCAGAAGCAAUAAAUAUGUCAGACUUUGUUAAGCCAAUAUGUCUGCCUAAUGAAGGCAGUACUUUGCUACCCUAUGCUAAUACAACGUACUGCAACACUCUUGGAUGGGCAAAGAACCGAGAACAACUGCAACGAAUUGAAAUCAAGAUUACCCCAAUGGACCGUUGUAUGAACAUCAGCUUUCCAACUGUUAACAGUGUCUGUACAGAGUCUUUUGCAAAAGACUGUAAUGAAGAAGAAGUAGCCGGAAGCCCUAUGGUAUGUUUGUCUUCAGACAGCAAACAUUGGAUUCUUAUGGGCCUAAGCAAUUGGAGAAUAGCAUGUGCUGCAUCUGGAAUGGAGCGACCACGGUUAUAUGAUAAAAUUACUUCAAACAUUGACUGGAUAUUUAAAACAAUGCAGACUGUCACGUGAGUUGUGUAGGUGCAUCGACAGCAAGACUGUCUUCAUUUCCAGAAGACUGCUAUUUUUUUUAAAAAUAAAUUUACAUGAGAUCUCCAAAAACAUGAACGAUACUGUGUGAAUAAUAACUGAACAAUCAGAUAAGUUUUCUUAGAUAAAAUUUCCAGCUUACAGCUAAAAAAAGUGUUAAUCUAUUCUGUGCUCAUUAAAAGCAAGAUUAGCCCCAAUGAAGGAAUAUAGGAGCAAAAAAUGUCAAGAAUUUAAGUACUACACAUUUGGUACUGGGGCAUACCCAAAUUUAAACCUUAAUGGAAAUGCAGUUUGUACUGGUGUACAAUACUGAUCGAAAGCCAAAACUAUAUAACUAGGCAUAAAACUGCUGUUACCACAUUUAUAAGCUAUAGGCAACACCCUAAAAGAAUAAAACUUUUGGAACGAAGUUACUCAUUCUUUAACUGUUAAGAUGAAUUUUCAUUAUUUGUAAAUGAAACAAGUAGUUAUCAGCUGCAGAUGUAAAAAGUAUAUCUUCUGAACUCUGUUGUGACCAUGACAGAAUUAUGCUACAACCAUGUAUUUCACCAUGUUCAUUCCUCCAGAGUAAAGAUCUGAAAAAUGAACUAUUUAUAACCUCACAAAGUUAGUAAA